AUGAGUACUCACCACCACCGUUAUCUACUCUUCGCUUUCGCAAUAGUGAUACUCUCCACCACUUUACCUUCAGCUUCAGCUCGUUUAUUCCCCAAUGUGUCUUCCAUCCCCACGUGGAUAAGCAACCACGCGCCCCCUGGCGCGUGGGAGGCAUACCGCAACUUCACCGGCUGUCGCCCCGGCCAAAAGUACGACGGCCUCUCCAAUCUCAAAAACUACUUUCACCAAUUCGGUUACAUUCCCAACGCGCCGCCAUCCAACUUCACCGACGACUUCGACGACGCCCUCGAAUCCGCCGUCCGGACAUACCAGAAGAAUUUCAACCUCAACGUCACCGGCGAGCUCGACGACGACACGCUAAAGCAUAUUGUCCUUCCCCGGUGCGGCGUCGCCGACAUAAUCAACGGCACAACCACCAUGAACUCCGGCAAGUCCAACGCAACUUCCACCGGAAACGACACGCUGAAAUUCCACACGGUCUCGCACUACACCUUCUUCCCGGACGAGCCACGGUGGCCGGAGGGAACACAGGAACUUACCUACGCGUUCGAUCCGGAUGAAAACCUCGACGACGUCACCAAGGGAGUGUUCGCUAACGCGUUCGACCGGUGGUCUGAAGUAACGACGAUAACAUUCCGUGAAACGGCGUCGUAUUCGGACGCCGAUAUUAAGAUAGGGUUUUACAGUGGGGACCACGGGGAUGGUGAACCGUUCGACGGAGUGCUGGGGACGCUGGCGCACGCGUUCUCGCCGACGAACGGAAGGUUCCAUUUGGACAAAGCGGAGGACUGGGUGGUUACCGGCGACGUGACAAAAGCGACGCUAUCGAAUGCGGUGGAUCUUGAAUCCGUGGCGGUGCAUGAGAUUGGGCAUUUGUUAGGUUUAGGGCACUCGUCGGUGGAAGAGGCUAUCAUGUACCCGACGAUAACGUCGCGGACGAGGAAGGUGGAGCUCGCCGACGAUGAUGUUGAGGGGAUUCAGAAGCUCUAUGGUUCUAACCCUAACUUCACUGGCACAUCUUCCACCUCUUCUCGCGAGAGGGACUCUAGCCAUGGUGUUCGUCACGUGGGGUCCACGUGCGGCAUUCUCUUCUUCCCUCUGUUGUUUCUUGGAUUUGCUCAUUUGAUUUUGUAG